UCCGGAUGCAGUUACAUCCCGGUUUACUGUUGCUCUUCGAGUUAUUCCUGUUAGUAAGGUGUGAUCCGUGAGGCUAAUGCUAAUUUGACUCUUUGCAUAUACGUGUGUACGGCUAGUUGUUAGAAGUAAGAGUGAGUGAGAGCUUCUGUGAGCGUGUUGUGUGGACUUAGAAGUGAGGUAAAGUAGCAUCAACACAGCUUAAUAUGUAGUCAACUUUUUUGGCGCCUUGGCUGCUUUCCAGUACUUCUCGUCGAAAAGGCUGCUGCCGUCUCUCUCAGCAGGUGACAGUGAGAGACGAUAGGAAGAAACUGCCCACACAAAGGAAGACGAUGGCCCCAGAGAUCCAGUCGGUGGUUCGUGCCACCCAGGCCUGGCUUCAGUCCUCCUGGCACGUCCGGGUGCCCUUCGCCUGGCUGGAGGCCUGCGUGGAGUGGCUGCAGGAAGAGGCGGGAGGAGCAGGUCGCCUGUCACAGCAGCAGAUCAACCAACAGGCGCUGGACCAGUGGCUGCAAACGGACCUGAGGGACCUGGAUCACGCUGUUCUCCCUGAGCGGCUCAGUCAGACCCAAAAGACUGAACUCAACGGGACCUUCUGUGUCCAGGUUGACUCAUUGCUGGACAUCAGUCAGCCUGCGUAUGGUCAGCUGCAGAAGCUGAAGGGCACUGACUGUGCAAACGACGAAGUGUCUGCAGUCACACAGACCACCCAGAGGCCCUGGGAAGCCAGACCAACCCGUAUGCUGCUACUGCAGGUGACAGAUGGAGUCCAGAGCCUGGAGGCCAUGGAGUAUCAGUCUAUCCCUGAACUCAGCACAGCUCUCAGGCCCGGUGCGAAGCUGCAGUUGCGAGGGCAGAUGGUUUGCAGACUUGGAGUGCUUCUGUUGGGGCCGUCCAACAUCAAGGUCCUGGGUGGCGAGGUGGAGGACCUGGUGGACAGAAAUAACCAGGGCAGGGUGCUGUGUCGCACGCUUGGGCUUCCUGAGGAGGAGCUGCAGCAGCAGGAGGUGGAGGCCCCACCAGCACCACAGCAAGGCGUCCAGGAAGAGGAGGACCUGGAGCUGGAUGAUGCAGAGUUGUUGGCCGGUCUGGAGGCUCAGGAGGAGGUGCAAAGGAUUCAUGUUCGACCCGUUCAAGACAGCGGUUACAGGACGCUCAGCGAAAUCUCUUCUCAGUCCUCGAGAAGCUCCACUGUCAGGAGUUUUGUCUCCACAGCCUCAUCCAGAAGUGGUUUAACCCAAGGCAACAGAGGUGGUUCUGUCCAAGGUCAUGGCCACAGUAACGAACUACAGGACUCUGACUUACAUUCGGGUCACUCGGUUAAUCAAGACAUCUCAGAUCACAACAUGGCAGGCGACGACUUUCCUGACGAAGACUUUGACGAUCUUCCCAUGGACGAGCUGGACGCUGUGAUUUUUCAAGAAAGUGCAAAUGUUACUGACAGCAGUCGCGGACCACAGAACGAUAACAGGGUAACAGGGAGUUCUUAUCGAGCAACAGAACCCCAAACUGCCCAGAAAUCCUCUGGGUCCACAGGGCAGUUAGCCACAGCAGCCUCACCCUUCUCUCCAGCUGCAGCUUCAGAGCCGUCACAUGAGUUAGAAUUUGUUGCUAAUGACGAUUUCAUGGAUGAAGACAUGGACUGCUUCAUCGAAGAGGUGCAAACUGGGAGGGCUGGCACGCCAAAUCAGUUCCCUGUUCAACAAGCACCAACCCGAGCCAGAGAGAGCGCUACCAAGAAACCAGACACUUCAGACUCCAGCUGUAGACUUCCAAACAACUCUUUAAAAAGUGUUACAGCUCAGGGGCAGAGUUACACCUCAAGCACUGCAGGAUUUGAUAGACUAUCUGUUAAAAAAGAUCCACAGAGUCACAGCUCGGUCCCUGCUCUCACUCUGACCUCUCCACCUUUUACAUAUUUGUGCCUGCUGGAUGAGAUGAUGUCCAGACCACACCCCCACACCACAGAGAUCCGUGUCAAAGCUUUCAUUGUGACUCUCUUGGGGAAGCUGAGCAGCAGCAACGGUCUUUGGCACAUCUCCGCCACGAUUUCCGAUGGAACUGGUUACCUGGACGUGGAGCUGUCCGAUGAGGUUCUGACGGGCCUGCUGGGCUUCUCUGUGGCGGAGAAGGGGGCUCUGAAGCGCAACCCAGCCCGGAGAGGUGAGCUGGACGCCGGGAUGAGGAGAUGCCAGGAAGGGCUGGUGGACAUGUGCUGCAUCAUGACCAUCACGGUCAGACCGGACGGUGGAAAAGCCGUGGUGACAAAGGCAGAACCUAUCACUGUGAAGGUGCUCCAGGAGCUGGAGCGGAGGGCGAGCGACGGGAGGAAAUAAACUCAAAGGAGAGGUUGAGGGGAAGUGGACAAUAAUGAGAAAAUUACAGGCAGCGGAGAUGACUAAAGCAGGGAUGGAAAAUUGCCAAGAAAAGAGAGGCAUAAAUAAUAUUGGGCAUCAGCAUUGCCUUAGACUUUUUGCGUGUAAUGAAACAAAGGCAUUUUUAAGGAUCGGUGAUCAACCUUUGCUUCGGAUCUGAAGAGCAUAAUGUGUGAGCUGGAUGUCUGAUGAUCUGCAAGCAGUGUGUUGCAACGCACCCCAUCUGCUAUAUGUGAACACGGCAUGCUGUCAUCACACGACUCCAUCCAUCUAUUCCGCAUCAGCUCCAAUCAAAGUAAACUGAUUAAAGAAGGACGACUGUGGUCUGUCCGUAACUGUACAUAACAUUUAAAACUGAUCUGAGGAGAAGAAGUGAAGCGUGAGAGAAAAGAAACGGGGGGGCAAAAAAAAAGAAAGUGUUCAUAUUCUGAUUGUUGUAAUGAAUUGCCAGCCUUUGCAUUCAUUCAGUACAUCCAUUACUUCUGACUGAAAAAUGAUUGAAUAUCCGAGGGCUGCAUGGGUCUUUAAUAAACUCUCGCAGAGGAGAAUGAGAGGAAAGGAAGAUGAAGGAGAGGCCAUGAGCUUCGAUUAUUUCUCUUCAUUACGGAGCCUCAUCUCUGUUUUUUGUCUUUGAUGAAUAGAUAUACCAAACAUUUGAUGCUUUGUCUGCAUUUACUGUAUAUUGAAAUAAAAUUGUUCUGAGGAUUUUUACAA